AAUUAAUAUGAUUGUGAAUUCGUAAUCGUAGAUUAACAAAAAAAAAAAUGAAUUUCUCGACUGAAGAAUUCAUGACAAUUUUUAAUGAAGAAAAUCAUUCAGAUUUAAAAAAGAAAUGUUUCUUAAUUGCACAAGAUAUCAAAAAUGAACAUUUUACUAUUCUUCAGUUACUAGAACAACUGAGAGAAUUGCUUGUGAACCCUUUACCACUGAGAAGAAAACAAGGUGUACAAAUUUUUAUGGAGGUUUUACAAAAUGUGCCAUACGAUUUUCUUAAUAUUCAACAAUUAAAAAUGAUUUCUGGCUUUUACAUAGAAAAAUUAAAUGACCAUCAUCAGAUACUUCCUGUAGUACUUCAAGGAAUAUUGAGAUUAAUCAAAUUCAAAUAUUUCCCUGAAGAAGCUAUUCAUUCGAUAUUAAAUACAAUAUUUCUCAAUGUAGCAUGUCAACAACAGCAACAAUCUGACCGAUACGUUAUAUAUCAAAUCUUUCAGUUAUCAUUAGAAAAGUACAAAGAAGCAUUAAUUUCGAUGAAGUUAGAUCUUGUCUAUGGAGUAAUAUCAUCUAUUGACGGAGAAAGAGAUCCUAGAAACUUAAUGUUUUUGUUUAAAUGGUUAAAAUCAUUUUUGACUACAAUUCCACUGGGCCACCUAACCGAAGAAAUGUUUGAGGUUAUAGCAUGUUACUUUCCAGUCGACUUUAAAACACCUCCUUCCAUUGGGAGAGAUAUCACAAGAGAAGAUUUAGCAAAUGAAUUAUCUCCAUGCUUAUGUGCCAUACCGGAAUUUUCUGAAUAUUGCAUACCCCUUGCUCUAGAAAAGUUGGAAUCUUCUCUUCAGAUUGCUAAACUUGAUUCCUUGAAUUUGUUGAGAAAAGGAUGUAACGUUUUUUCUUCAACAUCAUAUUUAACAUAUGCUACAGAAAUAUGGUCUCUGUUACAAAAGGAAGUUUUCAGUAAUGUGGAUGACUCGGUAAAACGGGAAUGUUUAAACACUUUGACAACAGUAAUAAAUAAAAUAUCACUAUCGGAAAAAGGACAUUUUAUCUCAUUUUUAAAUAAUAUUACGACCACCUUGAGAGGAAACUUGUUGCCGGACUCAAAAUUAUUUCAGCCUUCUAUAAGCAUAUUACUACACACAGCUAUGGGGUCACAAGAAUCCUCAGUUUAUAUUGUAAAAGAGAUAGUACCGAUUUUAACUAAUACUUAUAUAAUUUCUCAUGAUCCUACCCAAAAAGCAGUUCUGCUCAGAACAUUAUUACAAUUUGUUAAGACACAUUUAAAAUAUAACAGUGAAAAAAUAUUUAUUAAUAAUGAUCAUUUAGAUACCGUACCUUUGUUAUGUUUGAAAGCUUCUACUGAAAUUGAAAGCAAUUUGUGUUCAGCAGGUUUUGAAUCUUUGGCAGAUUUAGCAGAAAUGUUAUCUUUAAAUGUAAGGCUAUCAUUAUAUAAACACUUACAUGAUGUUAUUAUAAAACCUGCGUCAAUAGAAAUAAGAGAAGCUAUGCUAAAUUGUUUAAAAAAUAUAUCCUUUUUUUACCCAGCUGAAGUAAAUGAGUUCGUUUUAUAUAAAUCUAAAAUAACUGAUCCUUCUGUUCUUAAUUUAUAUUUAGAUGCCCUUUGUGUUAUUGCUGAUUUAGAACAUUUCAGAGAAAUCGUCACAGAUUGUUUUAUUUCGUAUGCUGUUGAAGAUUUAGAGCUCGCAAUAGUUGCCGUAAAAAAUACACGGAACUUGUUACAGCGGGAAUGUAAUAAUAUGAAUCUCAUAAACAAGUUUAUACAAAAAGAGAUUAUAAACAAAUUUAUAGCAACAAAAAUACAUUGCAAUAACGAUUUAAGUUUUGAAUUUCUAAUGCAUAUAUCUUCUGUAUUAAAAAUUUUAAUCGGUUCUCUAGAUUCCGAGUUACAAAAUCAAAUUUUAUCAUGCCAAAUAAAUGUGAUUAGUAGUUACGAACAUUCUGAAGAAUUGUAUUUAUUACUGUUGGAUGGUUUAAUAUCAAGAGUACGUAAUGGCUUAUCACCUGAUUCUCGUAUGCUUGCAUUCUUAACAAAAAUUUCUGUAAUACAUGGAAAUACCUCGAUCAGAGAUAUCAGCGUUCAACUACUGGCUAAUAUUAUUAAUAAACAUCCAAAUGGUGACGGUUUGGUUAUAAGUUUGGAUAACAUUAAACAAGACUGUCUGUAUUAUUUCAGUACUCAUAAAUCUAAUGUAAUUAUUACAUUAUCAUGGAUCACAAAAGCACUUGUUAUGAGAAAUCACUCUACUGCAAAGCUUUGGUCAGAUAUGUUACUACUCUACCUUGAACAAGAUGAUACAGUUGCUAAAGGAUUUAAAAUUAUUAUGAAUGAUAGUUAUGAUUCUCUUAGUCCAGUGAGUUAUUGCAAAAAAAUGUUAUUAUAUCAACAAAAAUUUUUUGUAUUAGUUACAAAUAAACUCUGUGCAAACUUCAGCCCAGAAAAAAAAUCGUAUUUGAUUGCCACUGGAUAUCUAAUAGAAUGCGUAUCUGAACAAGCAUUACUCUUGCAAUUCAAAAAGAUUUUAAAGUUGGUCAUUCUCUGUUUGGAAGAAUGUAAUGAUCCAGAAGUGUUAUGUAAUAUAUUGAGAAGAUUAAAAAGCUUCAUUGUAAAUAAUGAGUCAAUACUACAAGAAAAUUUAGAAGAUUUCUUAUCAAGGAUAUUGAAACUCACAAUCUAUGAACAUUCGAUGAAUGUUCGUGUUGCCGCACUGCAAUGUUUGAUCCAUUUUUCUGCUCUUCCUCUAUACAGAAUUUUACCUUUCAAACAAAAAGUCCUUUAUCAUUUAGAAUCUUGCAUCGAUGAUAAAAAACGUCUUGUAAGAAAAGAAGCUAUGGAAGCCAGGGCUCUUUGGUUCCUUCUUGAUGCACCAAUAUAAACCGAAUUUUAUAUAAUUGUUUAUAUACUUAAUUAUUUUAAUUAUACAUAGUUUAAAAAAAAUAAAGUUGUUAUAUUAAGCCUUCGCACACAAGUGCCUUGUAUUUCACAAUUAUAAAAUGAAUAAUCUCAACAUGCACGAUUUAAGUAUGUAUUUUUUAAAAUGCCAAUGUUAUUGCUCAUAGUGUUGAAAGGGUUAGAGAGAAAAAAUGUAUUGGAUGAAUAAAAAAAGGUUUCAGAAAUUUA